AUGUGCCCGGGUUACAGUGGAAAUCUCAGUGAGAUCUGGCCCAAUGUCUCGAUUUUGUUGAUGUAUAUGUUAACUCUCAAGUUGACGGCCAUCGAAUCAUCAUCCAGGCCUGUAUCGUCUCCCAUUUGGCGAAAUCUUCUACGACCCGUUCCCUAUAGUUUUCAUUUGCCCAUGUCAGGAUCACAGUGGAGACCACAUGAGGCGACGCCACUGAUCAUGCGUUUAACUGGCGUUAUAUCGUUACACAAUGAAUACUCAUGUAGAGCUCAGGUUUAUUUGAAAGGCAGCGGCAAUCAUUGGCAUCGGUGCUUCGAAGUUGAGACCACUAAUCCUCUUACACGCCGUUUCCCGUCAAGUUUUCUUCUGAACAUCCACGACGAAUACGGCUUUGAGGAAGGUACAAUUGUUACCUUCGAGGGUGACUUCAUUGCUUUGAACGACGGGUCUCAGUCAAUGGUUAUCCGGCCCAAUCCUAUUCAGACGAUGUCGAUUUCCUCAAUCUCAGAAUUAUGGUCACACUUAAAUAUUGUCAAAGUCUUCAGUCGAGGACGUGUACAAGCACACAAUGUUACAGAAGGACAUUGGGACAAUUUAUUAGUCGAACACAACGUGUAUGUGACCCACCUGGAUAGAUGGGUAGAGUUCACGGCAAUCUACGUAGACAUUGGCAAUAUUGUAAUUUCAGCAUUUCAAGGAUCAUUAUUAGGCGCAACGUUCGCCUUUCGUGGUACUCUUCUAGAAUUCUGUGAUAUGGGCCACAUGUGGGCAGUACACGUUACAGAAAUUAUUGCAGAAGAGAGCCAUUCUUCGUAG